CUCUCCCUCCCCACUUCGUGGACUUGGUUUGAGAAAGCUCACUCAGAUUGCAGUUGGCCACUUCUUUUACAAUGGCAUUCGAUGCCACUGUAAUCCUUGCUCAUGGGAUUUGAAAACUAGGACGUAUCAAAUACCUUUUCACUAAUCUGCAUUUGUUUAAACUGACUGGGACAAUGCAGAAGCUGCAGCGAGAAAACGCUCCUCAAUUGGCACUGAAACACUCGACCGAAUAAACCUCGGGUCACCAUGCGGAAGAAUGCCAUCGUAAACUUCAUCUGCGAAGUGGCACUAAGAUUAUUCCUGUUUGCAAUAUUCCUGAUUACUGAGACACUAACUCCAUUCCACCGGAUUAUCCAUCCAGAGGAGAUGUGGCUAUACAAAAACCCUCGGAGUGAGAGGGAUACAGUUCCUACAUGGCACAUGUUUGCCAUUUCCUUCCUGACACCAUUGAUGGUGAUACUUCUGAUGAAGGUGCUGAAUCGAACAGAAAAUGGGGAUGUAAAGGAAGGUUGUUUAGCUGCAUCUCUGGGCCUGGUUUUGAACGGAGUGAUCACAAACACCUUGAAACUUGUGAUUGGAAGGCCUCGGCCAGACUACUUCUACCGCUGCUUCCCAGAUGGAGUGGUGACUGAGGACAUGCAGUGCACUGGUGACCCUGGCGCCAUAUUGGAGGGAAGGAAGAGUUUCCCCAGUGGCCAUUCUUCAUUUGCUUUUGCCGGCCUUGGGUUCACAGCCUUCUACCUGGGAGGGAAGCUCCACUGCUUCACAUCGAGGGGCCGUGGAAAAGGAUGGCGACUCUGUGCAAUGCUGAUGCCCUUCUACAUCGCAGCCAUAAUUGCUCUGACACGUGCCUGUGACUACAGACACCACUGGCAAGAUGUGGUGGCUGGCUCUUUAAUUGGACUGACUGUGGCGUAUACCUGCUACCGACAGCACUACCCGUGUCUGUCCGACCCAGAUUGCCACAAACCAUACUUGAAGACCAAACUGUCCACGACGCAAGAGCGCAAGCUAUCGAACUCCAGCUUCAAACUGGACGUAUAGAGAGCCUGCACCAGGAAAUGCCAACCUUUUCCUCACCAUGUAAACUUGCUUUCCCUCUUUUUUUUGGGCAUCAUAUGCACAUAUUUAUAAUGGGACCUUCUGCAACAGUAACGGGCGGGCAUACACGCACAAAAACACACAACACAUACAGAAAAACACACACAAACACACAUGCACAGUACAUGAGCAAAGCAAGGGAAUUAAAUGGACCAGCAAGACACCAGAGCAUUUCAAAUUUUAUUGCUUCAUGAAGUUAAAAUAGUUGAUUUUACCCUUUUUUAAACAAGACUCUUUUUUGUCAUUUUUGCUGGUAUCUAAAAAUUCACAAAUAAAAUGUAGACGGUAUGAAGGCAAUAUUUCACCAUGGUUGUAACAAGUAAGUGCGUUUCGACUUUCAGAUGGGUCAGUUUACUCAGCUCGUGCCAGUUUGAGUAUAAUGCCUUGCUGAACCCACUUGUUCUGUGGAAUUAACUUCAGUGUGGGAACAAAUGACUGAAGUGAUCUGCCCCAUCCAAACUCUGCAUGGUGCUGCGAUUGCCAGCACAAAGUGACUCAGAUCUGUUCCACAGAAUGAGCUGUGCCACUGUUGAUCAGGCCCCUUGACACAUACGUCUUGUUGCAAUUCAGGCUGUGAUGGCUGGUUAUCAAUGGAUUUAUUGUGACAGGGGAGGUGUGCGAUUGUCCACCAUCUGAAAAGGAGGUUACACGCCCAGAUUCAGGUCCCACAGAAACUUAAAAUGACAGAGAACGUGCUCUUUUACAGAAUCUUAUUUCUGUCACUGUGGGGGCUAAUUCUGUUGCUGUGACAUUUCUGUGCCCAGGGUCUUGACUAUGGCUCCUUGCCCCACCCCAAAAAAUAGUUCCUGACGAGUGGACAAUUACAAGCUCCCUGGUGUGGACAAGGCGAGCUGAUAUCCUCUCUCCAUCUUGAAAAGGCUGUGGAGGAAACUGGUGUUCGUUCUGAGUUCCCCUUCCCAUCUCCCUUGCAGUGUCAGAAUUGUGAGAUGAGGUGACCAGCUAAGUUGGGGAAAAAAAAAUCCUGGUUUUUUUUGAGAUGAUUGUGGUGUACCUUCUUCAACUGGGAGGGUGAGAUUUGACACAACUGAUUGACUUGCUAGGCCACUUGUACAGACAGGUAAGAAUCCACUGUGUGGUCUGAGAUGGGGAAAGGACAGCAACUUUCCUUACCUGAAGGACAGAUUGAACCAUUGAGUUUUUACAAAGAUCCAACAGCUUCACGGUCACUUCGACUGACGCUAGAUUUCCUUUUUAUACCAAGUUUAUAUCCAAAAAAAAAAUGUUGAGGUCAAAUUCUCCAAUUGUUGUGAAUUCCAUCCAGGCCUCUGGGGAACUGACCGAGGAGAACCACGACACCACCGUCCCCCUUUCAGAAUGUGUCUGUGGAUUGAAUUUUUAAAGGAUUUUAUACCAUGAAUGGUGACAGCCAUUCUCGCGUAGCACUUGCUCACGUUGUGAGAAAGUCAUUGUAUUUCCAAGGAGAUGGGUCCAGUCCAGAGUGAAGUUGGGAAUCUCAUUUACCCACACCACAAUGGUUACAUCAAGGUUGUAAAUUAAUUCAGUUCAAUUCAAAGAAUGGUUUGUCGCCUUGUGAGUUCAGUCUGUUCCUGUUCCGUCUGGUGCUUGUUAUUAUGGUGGCUGGCUUGCAGGGCGGGAACAUGUGAAGUUUUGUUUCCUGUAAGGAUUGAGGUAUUGCUCUUGGGGCCCCUGGGCAGACGUACUCUCGAUUAUUCCAAUCAUCUUUCCAUAUGGAUCAUAAAUGAACAGCCUUGCCCUAAGGUUUUACUCUCAGAUCUGUCUGCUUGGUGAACCUAUGAGUGCUGUCAUUAUGUAGCUGAGUUGUUGCUUCAUGUAUUUUGUACAGAAUUUUAUGUAUUGUUUCAAUUGUUGUGAACAGGAGCUACCUGUUGCCCCCAAUAUGCGUGGAAGGGAGGGAGGGAGUGGACGUUGUUUCCCAGUGACCAUAGAUGAGCUGUUCACAUUCCAUUUCCUGCAGGGAAGGUCUGGUGUUCAAUGCCAGGGGAGGAUUUGAGCUUGCCGUGGGAUGUCAUGUUGAGAUAACACUUCACCCAAUUCCAUCUCAAUUCAGACGGAGAGGUGGGGAUGGGGUUGGCAGAAUGUGAUACAACGCCUGUUCUAACAGAGACUCUGUCAGCAGGCUCCAGUUUAAUCAAAGCUGCAGAAUUGGCUCAGUGCAACAGUGAUUAAAAUUCACGCCUUCCCCACUUGGCUUUUGUGCCACUUUGAACAAGACUACAGUGCUCCAAGGGCAGAGUCUUAUUAGAUACAUUCCACCUUUCAUAUUAUAUUCCUGUUAUUGACACUAAUCUUAACCAUGGAAAAGAGCAUGACUGCAACCUCCCUGCUGUCUAUUGAAUAGUCCGCUGGCUGGACCUCAACGCAAAAUUGUUAAGCUUAUUUCUGUCCACCAUGAUCUGUUGGCUCCUGUUUGGCAGUGUUUAAAUAGAAAUUAUUUCCAAUUGCAGGAAAAUUAAUCUUGGUGAGUAGUGCUAUCCCCAGUUGCGCAUGUGGUUCUGUUGUGCCUUGUGCAGCACCUUUUCACGCAAGUGUAAAUCUCAAAAGAUAUAUAAAUAUAUAUAUAUGUAAACAAGUUGUCCAUAUAACCAAACUUACUGCUUCCUUUCGAGAUUUAGGGGCACACUGUAACCUGUUAGAGUUGGAGUCUAGCCCAAGGCCAACAAUGCGCCAAGUGGCGCGCGCACAGGCUGGGAUUUUCCUUUCCCAUUUUAUGGAAUGCAAGUUUCCCCAGAAUUUGGUGGCUGCAGGAACCAGUGUUGUCCCUGUGAGUCUGUCAAUUCACUUUACUGUACUGUAACUGUACAAGGGGAGACUGUGACAAGUUUUAAUCCUGUGUUUCAUCACACUGUUUGAAGCAAAUAAUCUUAAAUCAACCCUAUGUAUUAAUGGAAGGUAUUCUGUUUGUGUUGAAAUAAAACAAAGACCAAUAUUUAAAAAAAAA